ACUCAAGAUGGGUCAUAAACCUUUCCUAUCACUCUUCGCAUUCGUGCUUUCACUAUCUAAGGGUCUUUGCGACACUUAUCAACAUAACCUCUUCGAACUUUGUGACGGCAUACGCGUACAUAGUACACAGUCUCCAGGUGCCUUCUCUGGGUCUGUUAUCCUAGGUGCAAACUGCCAUCUAUGGCCCAAUUCAUCACGUGUAGCAUACUCGUACCUCGAUUUAGCGCCUUGCCUCUGGAACCACGGAGGACGCUUAGCUAUAUCAGACUCCAUAGACGAAUGUGGUGGCUAUUUCGUGAAUUCUUGCGAAAAUUGUUUCCUUGAUCCGAAGCACAAUACGUUAUCUUGCGAAUGUACAUCGCCCUCAGGGAAAAAGAUGUCAAGCGUAUUGCUAAGCGACUUUCUGGAUGCUUCAGCUGGACAUCUAACUUGCUCUAAUGGAGCCUGGAUUGGUGCUCGUGGUCCCAAUAUAAAGGCCUGUACAAACACGACUAUGACCUUUAAUCACAGGCGGAGUCUGUUUGGGAAACUAAGCACACUAUAAGAUUAUGCUAUGGAAUUACUGAUAUACU